AUGACUUGGACUAGCCGCUACAGUGAAAAGUGGCCUCGUCUGACUGCCCUCUUUCAUCUGGAUAACGGAGUAGAUGCAGACAUUCAUGAAAAUGGACGCUACGAAACAGCCUUUCAGGAACCUCCCUCGGAACCCUUCUAUAAAUUCUACCUCCACCCGGAUGACAUUGGGAGGGGUAGGAGUGUUAGCCAAUAUUCCAUGCAGGACGCAGGGAGAGUGGCGGGGCAAGGCUCGGGAAAGACCUGCAACAUGCGAGUGUUUUUAGGAACCGUGUUGCUGUUCAGUGUGGCGGGGGUAGUUGCUGUUGCUGUUACAUUGGCAGUGUUGCUAUCCCAACCACAUGGUUCAUCGCAUACGUCAUCGAAAUUUGCAGACGACGAUUUAUCAAAGGACAUGCUGUCCAGUAAGGAGGGGGUACUGUCCAGGGAGUUGUGUGGCUUGAUGAAAAAUUUAUUCAAAUUAGAUGCAAACGAGAAUCGUCCAGUGCAAGACUGUUCCGUGUCCCUUUCGAUCCAGGAUGGUCAUAUGAAAGUAAAUUUCAAAGUCCCAGCGACAGAUAAGCUCAUGCAAGAGGAAAUCGAAAAAAUCAAGCAAAAUGUGUUAAAGAACAUCAAAGAUAUAGAUAUUGGUCUCGGUGUUGUGUCCAACACAGAUGACGUCAGCAUCUACAAGAAGGACGACAAACAGUCAACCACAGUGGAGAUAAUAUUGACAACAACGAAGCCUCUUUCUGGUGUAACAGCCUCGACAACGUCGCGUGAUACUGUUACCAAGACAAACGCAAACACAACUGCUAGUCCAAAACCAACAACUGUAAAGGACGAGCACAUGGCAGCCAUUGAGACACAGGAACGUGUAGAAUCUAAAGAUAAAAUAACAACUGAUUCUACUGCGGACAUAAGAACAACAACAGAAAUGGAACUUCCGGAUCACACAAGUAUUGAUGACGUAGCAUUUCUAUCUCAUCUGAAUAAAACUGUAAAAGAUUUGAUUCAAAACUUUGAUUUGGAACUUGGAGUGACAAAAGACCCAACUGAAAAUCAAAAUCAUCUGGUAAAUGACUUCGAGCACCUGAAACAACACCUUGGUGAAAUCAGUCUACGUAAGUUAGACCAUGUAACUUCCACGUCAAAAUCAGUUGUAGAUGGCAAAGAUAUUUCUUCAUUUGAGCAUACUAAUCAUGAUAAAUUUGACCUGAACUUGGAUACAAAUGAUACAUUUAAUUUCACUGGAUUACCGUUUCUGAAAGCAAAUUCAAAGGCAAAAGGAGAAAUUAUGAUAAAAAAUGUGUCAUUGGACCAUAAUGACACCAAUUCGAACAGAACAAAUAAUUUUUCAGAUGAUAGAACAUUAAAUAUUACAGACAUUACUAAUACAACAAAGUCAGUGGCUAAUGGAAAUCCUUUGUCAACAAAGUCUAGUGAUCCUCUCAAUGACUCCUAUUAUAAUACAUAUUUGAAUGAUUGGUGGAAACUGGAAGAAACAAGAUCCGUCAGCAAAGAAUUAGAAACACUAAAUCUUACAAAACAGUAUAGGAUGACAGUUUCAAGCUUUAUUUCAACAACAGCUGCUAGCAUUGAUCCUAGCGAAGUCACUCAGCUAUUUACAAUGACAAAUGCACAUAAAGAACUAUUUUUUUCAGCAGUAACAACUUCGACUACACCUUCGCUGCAAAGUUUGGAAUUGGAUACACCUUCAAAACUAGGAGAUAAAAUUAAUGAUCAGAGUGUAACAACAGCAACAACAGCAUCAGUAAGAGGUAGUCCUGGAUCAAUGGAGUCAACUCCGAAAGUAACGACCAAAGAUACAUCCUCUGUUGAUUCUACUUCAAUUGCAGCCACUAAAACGACUACUUCACUGCAAGAUCUUUAUCAGGACUUUCUGUGGAAUUUUGGAUCUAGGUUAUCAACAACUUCAAAACCGUACUUUCACACUCAUGAUCACACUGCUCAUAGCUUUCCACAUACUGAAAAACAACAUAAUGAAUUGUUUGGUUUAAGUCGUGCCCCAAUGCAUUUCACAAAGCAAACGAUUGGAUCAGAAUUAACAUUAACAGAAGAAUCAACUUUUAAUUUUGAUGGGCUGUCUUUAGAUUUACCCAACAAAAAUGAAACUGCGAAACAAGUGCUUAAUAAGACAAGUCAGUUGUAUGAUAUUACAAAUUUACACACGCAUGAUGAAUAUGAGCCGCAUAAUAAUUCCAAUUUUCCAAGCUCCCUGCCAGAUUCUAUAAUGUCAACAAAUGAAUUGUUUCAAGGGAUUGAAAAACUUGAUUUUGAAGGAUUAACAUUUGAUGCUCACAUAUCUCCAGAGAAUAAUUGGACUUUGAGCAAUACAGGUGAUACUCAUACUAAGACUAGCAAUGAUGAACAAAAACAAGUUAGCCAAACAAAAAUGGAGCAGGUUGUCGAAAAAUCUUAUAGAACCAAACCUUAUUCUUUGAUAACACCUACAAAAAGUAUUUCAUUGACCUAUGAAAAUUUAAGAAGUUUUUCUUCUACCGUUUCUGGGAUCGGUUCUCAGGAACCUCUACAAGGUUUUUCAGAAAAUCGUUUGAAAAGCCUUGAAGGGACAAAAACUUUUCCAAAUAAUGUUUUGGAAGCAACCACAAAUUCAUACCCGGCUACCAAAGAAGUAAUUGUUAUAUCAUCUACUUCUUCCACAUCGUAUUCGACGAAAUACGAGCAAAUGGUUGGUUUCCAUCCACAUCAAAACAACAAUUAUUCACAAAACAUACUGAUUGUGACACCCUCUUUAAAGACAGAAAACAUUCAGUCAGUUGAGGUAACAAGUUCAAUGUCUGGAUUAGUAGAACGGCCAACUCACGCAACACAAGACCUGUCUACAAUACAGUCAUCUAUGAUUUAUUCUUCUAGUUUCGCUGAGAUGGAAGAUUCUUCAGUCAGUUUACAUAGUUCAAACAAGGGGUUUGUUUUAGAGGACUCUAUAUUUCCACAACAAUUAUCAUUUCCAGAGCAAAGGCUUAUCGACCAUACAUUGCUAAAGUUACCUAUUAUGUCAGCUCAACUUGCCCUUGACAGCUCGUUAUCGACGAACCAUCACAAAUCUCAUCAGGUAAAUGGAUUUGAAGUAGUGACCCCUUUGACGAAAUCCUCAAAUGUUCCUCCUCAAAGGCAUUUUUCAAUCAAUAAAACGGAAAGUACAAUGCCUUCCUUUGAAGAAAAAUUGAUUCCAUUCUUGGAGACCUCACUUCAGCUUGGUAAAACAUCUAUCAUUUCAUCUCUUAGUACAUUAUCACCUAAAAAACCAUCUGUUAGUCAGGAUGGAAGACAAAAUGGUGAACUACCAAGCAAGAGUAUUUAUUUUCCUGUAUAUCUUGACAUCACAAAGGAUUCUACUUUGGUUUCUCAGGGUGUUCAAUCACCAGAAACAGAUGAAAACUAUUUUAUUGAAAACAAACCUUCAAACAUUCAGUUUUCCAUUCUUCCAAGCAUAGCUAAGUUCUCAGUACAAUAUCCUCCAGUAUCAUUGCCAAUAUCAUCGCCCAAACCGUCCUCAUUCACAUUGCAUAAAAGUACAUCGAUGCCAAAAUUAUCAUCAGUUCUCCAAGAGAAAUUAAAUACAAUGGAUAAUUUUUCUUCAAAGAUAUUGAUAAAUCCUACUAAGACUGCUGGUUUCAUGCAUCAGGAAACGCACGAGAAGCAAGGAACAAAAAUCAUCACAUUUGAAAGCAGUAUAUUAAGUAUGAAAGAGGCAAACGCAACAUCGAUACCGGGUUCACUUAUUCCGUCUUCGUCUGGUUUAAAUAUUGAAAGCAUUCUUAAGCCAGACAAAAGUGUAUUAAGUAAUGACAUGUCCUUAUCUCUUAAUACUUUAGCAUUUCCGAUGGAUAUAGCAACUUUGACUUUCCCAGAUCAGAACUGGAAUAGAGACCAGGUCCUGCAUACCAAUCAACAUAACAGUUACGUGAAAACUUCAGCAAAGAAUGACACAGUUCCAAUUUCAUUUCAUUUCUUGCGAGAAAGUUCCAUUAUAUAUUCAUCUCGUUCUUCAUUGUCAUAUGGAUCUACAUCUGUUUUAACAUUAGCAUUAGACUCUUCAACUAUAAAACCACUUCGUAGUGAGGACAUUGGAGUAUUUGAAACAAACAUUCCUUGGGAUGCUCUCGAUAUAAAACCAACCAAAUCAACCCAUUUAUUCAGUUCUUCAUCGCAGUAUGAGAUGGAAAAUAUCGAAGGACCACCUAAGUGGAGAACAACAAGUCCUGAUACAUUAUUAGUACGAAAACACGAGAAAAAAUCGACAGCUCUUUAUCCAAGUUCUUCAUUUGAAGAAUUUUACACAAAAACAAGUACAGAAUCUUACCAUAAGACCCAAUCGAUAUCUGUGUACACCGUUACACACGAACCUAUCAUGUAUCUAACCAUUGAUACAAGACCACUGAUGGAAUCGUCAUUAUCCAUACAGCCGACACCCAGGGUUUCUUUUCAAGCAACAUUUUUCCGAGAUCGAAAAAAGCUCGAGGAUCUUCCAAAUCAGGGUAGAAGAGGGAUAUUGAGAAUAAAAAGUGUUUCCAAAAGCCCUGGAAUAACUACAACGGAAAGUCCUGUGAAUGUGGAUGUCACUACAGCUAGACCAAAAUUGACAGCAGCACAAGUUGCAGGUCUUCGAAAAAAUCUAGCUCGUAUGAGAGCGGCUAGAAUGCGGAAUUUCCGAAGAAGACAGAAUUUGCUUGCUCGCAUGCAGUCAGGAAUUAUGAAUGAUUUUCCAUUAAGACGUCAGAUUUCAGGAAGUAAUACUGCAAAUACUUUGUUGGGAAGAGGUCUCGAUGUGAGUGAUAGAAGCAGACGAAAGUUACAGAGACCAACAGCUUCCCCUAGGGUAGUAAGGACAACUCAAAAUCCACGGCAGCGAAUAGAUAGAAAUAGACUGUUCCCAGGAUUUAACACUGGCAAUCAAUUUAAUCAAAAUUUUUUCAAUAAUAUACGCUGGAAUGGAUAAUAAAUCGAUAC